AUGCGAGCGGCCCGCCCCGCCUGCCGUGCCGCCGCGAGAUGGCGCGGUGCCCUGGGCACGUGGCCGGCGGCCGGCGGGCCGCGCAGGAGAGGCGCGCUCAGGCGCUGGUUCUCCCUCUACCGCACCCCGGGGCAGACCUCGGCCACGGCGGUGGUGGAGCACCACGUCAAG